CUUCCUUUCUCUGGGCUGCUGCAGGAACUGGUGAGUACCCCCAGAGCAGCCGAUGCCGACUGUAAGCUCUUUGGGGCAGAGACUCCGGCUGUGUACACAGCAUACAUUUAAAGCCUGUUCCUCCUCCCCGCCUUGCAAAGAAUCCUGGGAAUUGUCAUCUACCCCUUAACAAAGCGACAAUUCCCAGCACCCUUAACAAACCACAGUUCCCAGGCUUAUUGGAGGUGUGGAGAAACAUGCUUUGAAUGUAUGGUGUGUAUGCAGGGCUGGGUGAGACAGAACUGCUUGUAGGAAGAUCAGAAGCUGCCUUAUGUUGAGUCCAUUUGUCUCAGAAGUGUCCAUACUGCCUGGCAGUGGCUCUCCAGGAUCUCAGACAGGGGUCUCCCCCUGCCUUACCUGGAUAUGCUGGGGAUUGGAUGUGAGACCUUCUACAUGCAAGGCAGAUGCUCUGUGACUGAACUAAGGGCCUUGCUCCCCUGGAAAGCCACUGCCAGUCAUAGUGAAAAGGAAUAGCAGGUCAGGUAUGGUCACCUCUACAAAGGAUAAUGCGGACCUGGGAAAAUGGCAACUAAAAGGGCAAAAACGCUGAGCAUCUUUCCCCACGAUCAUUUUUAGUUAGUUUUUUUUGGGGGGGUGCAAGUUAAGGGAGGAUACGACUGAGAGGUGUAUACGAUUAUGCAUGGUGGGCAGAAGUUGUAGAGGGAGAUGUUUUUCUCUUAAGACUCUUAAGACACACUUACAACUCGUGGUCAUCCCAAAAUUGCCACACCAUGACUCUGAAUGUUGGCAGAUUUUUCAGCAGGCAAAAGGAAGGACUUAUUCACACGCUGCGCAGUUCAGCUUUGGAAUUUGCCCCCCCACCCAAGGGACAGUGAUGGCCACCAUCUUGGCUGGCUUUAAAAGGGGAUUGGCCAAUUACUGGAGAAGGAUGUCAAUGGUCUCUGAAUACCAACUUCUGGGGAUUGCAAGCAGGGAGAGAGAGCUUGGGUCCUCUUUGCGAGUUUCCCAAAGGUAUCUGCUUUGGCUGCGAGAACAGAAUGCUGGACUUUGUGGGUCUUUGGCCUGAUCCAGCAUCCAGGCUCUUCUGUUCUUCGCAUUCAAUGCAUGGCAUCUCCCGUUGAAAGGAUCCCAGCGGAAAACCUCUGCCUAUGGCCGUGGUGAGCUGCCAGCAGCAGGAAUAGGCAGCAUUGCUCUAGUCUAGAAUUUGGAACCAACUUUCUCCCGCCGCCACCACUGAUUGCAGCUACAGCUGUCUGGCGUGUACGCUUAAAAUGUUUGCAUUCUGCCAAGCGGAAAGCUGAGGAAGCUUUCUAUCUGGAAAUGCAAUCUGCUUGCAUCCCGGACUGGAAAGUAUCCAGAUCGAUUCUAACUUUUCUGGGUUUUACCGUUGUAGGGGAAACUCUAUGAGCUGUCUCCAAUGUUAGUCCUACUCAGAGUAGACCCAUUGAAAUUCAUCAGAAUGGCUAAGGGCUUAUCUGCACUUCCUCUUGUCCUGCUGCUCCUCCCUGCCCCCCCCCCAAGCUGCAAUUCAGAUUCCCCCCAGAUUGCUAUUUUGCCGGAUCUAUCACUAAAGAGCAGCUUUUUCCUUUGGAAAGGAGUGGGGCCGAGGGUGACCCGUGCUUUCUAGGCAGGACACCAGCAGAAGUGUGGAUGAGCUCGAACUUAGGUCCAUUGAUUUUAAUAGGUCUACUCAAAGUAGAAUUUAGUUGGUUCACACCCUAUGAGUUUAUUCUACAAGAGGGAGGAAAACCAGGGCAAACAACCCCUUCCCCCUUCCUGAAUCCUAAAGUUCAUGCAGGAGAAAAGGAAUCAGAUGGAAUCUUGAGGGUUUUCCAACCAGUGAUGUAUUCGCUAAUUUGCUAGACCUUGCAAUUUUAAAAAAUAUUUGAAUUACGUGUUCUCAUCGACCGUGUUUCAUGUGCGUGUUUAAUGGCCCGCCAUUAGGUCUCAAGUUUGGGCCUUGAGACUUGCCCCACAUAGAUAUGGCACAGAAGGACUGCUGUCAGGGGGAGAAAUGAGAUGAGGGCAGUGUGGGUCACUUCCAGAAUGUAACCCUUGCCACCCAUAUCUCAUCCCUUAGUGAGCAAGCACUAUGUGUGAUGACGAGGAGACAACUGCCUUGGUGUGUGACAACGGCUCCGGUUUGGUGAAGGCCGGCUUUGCCGGGGACGAUGCUCCCCGCGCUGUCUUCCCCUCCAUCGUUGGGCGCCCAAGACACCAGGUAAGGAAGCGGUAGCUGCAAGGCUCUGUUUGGUCCCCACUUGCACUAUUCAUUUAAAGCAGAGCCCUACCACUUUAAAAAGUCACAACUUCCCCGCAAUAAUCCCCGGGGAGUUCAGUUUGUGAAGGGUGCUGAGAAUUGUUAGGAGAGACCCUCUUCCCCCUUGCAGAACUACAAUUCCCAGAGUUCCCUGUGAGGAGGGAUUGGCUGUUAAACCGCUCUGGGGAUGGUAGCUUAUUGUGGCAUUCAUGGUGAUUUGUGCUUACGGUGUUAUCAGGGCAGUUAUACAAACGAUCUUGCUUUCAAUCUCAUUUGUGCCUGCCAAAGUUUUGGGGAAGCCACGUUGCUUCAUUUCCAAUCAAUACACAUCCCAUAACUUCCCCCUGCGAUCUUGUAUCUUUUUGUAUCACAAAAUGUACUGCGGGGAAUUGUUGUUUUCCUCUUUCCUUUUGUUGUGCCUCUCCAUACAGCAAUAGCGCGUUAUCGUAGGCCAGGAUGGUUUAACAACCAAUCCUCCUUUUCCAUGUAGCUCUGGGAAUUGUAGCUCUGGGAGGAGAGUAGAUGGUCUCCUAAGAACUCUAGAACUCCCAGGUUUCUUUGGGGCUCGAAGCCGUGACCGUUGAAAGUGAUGUGGGCAGGAGUGAAGUUUCUGGAGAGAGAAAGAAGAAGUGCUGUUUCACACGCCACAGAGGAGGCAGCGAUAGCCCCCAAUUUAGCUGGCUUUGAAAGGGGACUAGGCAAAUUCAUGGAGGAUAACACAAGCGACGGCUCCUAACCACAAUGGCUAUGUUCUCCCUCCACAGUUAGGGGUCUCCUUAGCACCCUUAAGAACAUGGGUAGGCAAACUAAAGCCCAUGGGCCGGAUCCGGCCCAAUCACCUUCUCAAUCCGGCCUGCGGACGGUCCAGGAAUCAGCGUCUUUUUACAUGAGUAGAAUGUGUGCUUUUAUUUAAAAUGCAUCUCUGGGUUAUUUGUGGGGCAUAGGAAUGUGUUCAUUUUUUCCCCUUCAAAAUAUAGUCUGGCCCCCCACAAAGUCUGAGGGACAGUGGACUGGCCCCCUGCUGAAAAAGUUUGCUGACCCCGGCUUAAGAAGCUGCAGCUCCCAAGGUUCUUUGGAGGAAGCCAUGACUCUUAACGUGGUAUCUUAGCGCCUUAAAUAUAUGUGUGAAUGUGGCCCUGGAGGAAACAUUGCAGACCAACUAAUAAAAGCCGAAUUAUGUGUGGGUGGUUGAGUAGGAAAAAACACCGCCGCCAGUUUUAGAAAGCUUCAGAAUGCACCUGCAAACCCGCCCACCCCACUCCGGUCUGGAAGGGGCCACCCUGAGGAGAGAGCAAGGAUGCGUGUGGCCUUCCCUUUGGAGUCCUCCACCACCAGCCAUGUAUAUGACCUUACAGGCGGCCUGUCGGAGAUCACCCCCAGAACAGCAGGGGUCUCCCUGACAAAUUCCAACCCAGGCAAUUAAGAGAUCAUUUGCCUCUUGGCUUUCCAAUGGGAUCCUGUUUCCUCCUGGGGUGAAGUUAUGCUCUUAAACAGCUGCUAGGCCAAAGCUUAGAAGGCAAAGAGCAUUUGGGAGCCAGGGCAUAAGGGUCAAUGGCAAGGGGAGAAAGAGAGCCUGUCAUGCCAUCCAACAUUUCUCCAAUGAAAAUAGGGAUGUCCUAUUCAACAACAACAACAACUUUAUUAUUUAUACCCCUCCCGUCUGACAGGGUUGCCCCAGCCACUCUGGUGGCAUCCAAUAUAUAUAAAAAACAAAAUAAAACAUUAAACAUUUAAAAAAAAACUUUCCCUAUACAGGGCUGCCUUCAGAUGUCUUCUAAAGGUUGUAUAGUUACUUAUUUCCUUGGGUCGGGGGUCGCAUAACUCCAUCCCCUCCAACAUUUAUCCAAUGAAAAUAGGGACGUCCUAAGGAAAAGCUGGACAUUCCGGGAUCAAAUCAGAAACCAGGACAGCUUCUGUAAAUCCAAGACUGUCCCUGGAAAAUAGGGACACUUGGAGAGUUUGGUCUCCCUCCCUCCCUCCCUCCCUCUCUCUCUCUCUCUCUCUCUCUCUCUCUCACACACACACACACACACACACAGAGAGAGAGAGAGAGAGAGAGAGAGGAUGCUUCAAGUUUCAGACACUAUGUUUAUUGAGCCUACAUCCUGAUUUGCUUUGUACAAAGUUCCGUGGGGAGAUGUAUUUUGGUAGAAAGCUGCGGUAUAAAUUCCAACAAUAAUAAUAACUAACAAUAAUAAUUUCAAUAUUUUAGUUAUCAUCGAGUAACAAGGAGUUACUCAGCUGAAUAUGAGUGUAAGAAAAAGGACAGUUAUUUAACUUUUACUGUCAUCCUAAUCUUAGCUGUAUAAUUAAUAGCUAUUGCAGUAGGAACAUAGAGACAAAAUAAGUUGCCUUCUACAGAGCCAGACAGUUGGCCUAUAUAAACAGUUGUCUACACUGGCUGGUAGCAACUUUCCAGAGUUUUAGGCACGCAGUCUCUCCCAGCCCUGCCUGGAGAUGCCACAGGGGAGUGAACCUGGGACCUUCUGCAUGCCAAGCAGGUGUUCUGCCACUGAGCUACAGCCCUUAUUAUUGCCCUAGAAGGGACAAGGCACCCAAAUGACUUGGUUGGCCUUGAAUGCUCUGUACCCUUUUGGGCAGGAGGAAGCACCAUUCCCUGCUCCCUUUAAGGGGAUGAUUGGGAGAACAGAAUCCAGAUUGGAGGGCAGUGUUUCUACCCCCCCCCCGAAACCCCCCCCUGUGUUUAUUUUGCUUGAAAUUAAGCACCAGAAAGCCUAGGGAGGAUUAGCUGUGGUGACCAGCACCCACUGGGGCUGGAAGGCAGGGAGCCCAACAGUGGCUGGAGCCAGAGCCAAUAAUAAUAAUGAUGAUGAUAAUAAUAAUAAUAAUAAUAAUUUAUUAUUUAUACCCCGCCCAUCUGGCUGAGUUUCCCCAGCCACUCUGGGCGGCUGAGCCAAUGGCAGAUGGAGCCAAUUAAUUCUGGUUUUGCCCCCAUCCUUCUCCCCACUGCUGCAUUCUACAAGGGCCACACAGGGCCACACAGAGACUAAGGAGGCAGAGCCACCCCCUGGACAGGACAGGUGAGGGCUGGACCGAAGGCAGGCUGGUUUGGCAACAGUCUAGCUCUCCCUAAAGGACCACCCUCUCUUGAGUCCCUGCUCUCGCUUGCUUCCAGGGCGUCAUGGUGGGCAUGGGUCAGAAAGACUCCUACGUGGGAGACGAGGCCCAGAGCAAGCGAGGCAUCCUGACCCUGAAAUACCCCAUCGAGCACGGCAUCAUCACCAACUGGGACGACAUGGAGAAGAUAUGGCACCACACUUUCUACAACGAGCUGCGCGUGGCCCCCGAGGAGCACCCCACCCUGCUCACCGAGGCCCCCCUCAACCCCAAAGCCAACCGGGAGAAGAUGACCCAGAUUAUGUUUGAAACCUUCAACGUGCCUGCCAUGUAUGUGGCCAUUCAGGCAGUGCUCUCUCUCUAUGCUUCUGGCCGUACCACUGGUAAGUGUGUAUGUGUGUGCGUCUGUGCGUGCUGUGGGGGGCCGAAAUCAGCAAAAUUGUUGGUUGACCCCCCCCCCCUUGGGACCAAGAGGCAGGGGUAAACAUGUUUUCGAUGGAUUAAUGAAUGGCAUGAACAUGCCAGCUGCUUCCAGACCAGCUGUUUAUUAAGCACUGGGUAGCUUAAUAAGUGGGUAGGUUAGAGGAUGGGUAGGCAAACUAAGGCCCAGGGGCCAGAUCUGGCCCAAUCACCUUCUAAAUCUGGCCCGCGGAUGGUCCAGGAAUCAGUGUGUUUUUACAUGAGUAGAAUGUGUCCUUUUAUUUAAAAUGCAUCUCUGGGUUAUUUGUGGGGCAAAGGAAUUCGUUCAUUUUUCUUCUUCAAAAUAUAGUCCAGCCCCCCACAAGGUCUGAGGGACAGUGGACCAGCCCCCUGCUGAAAAAGUUUGCUGACCCCUGGGUUAAGAGUAUGGUGCUGAUAAUGCCAAGGUUGCAGCUUCCGUAUGGGACAGCUGCAUAUUCCUGUAUUGGAGAGGGCUGGAUGAGAUGACGCUCUGUGUCCCUUCCAACUCUAUGAUUAAUGCAUCCUGACUUGUUUGCAGGGAGAUUGUGGGCUGUUUAAUGAGCAAUUUACAUUUGUUGCUCCUCUUGCUUUCUCCUCACAUUCAUUCCUUGCUCCGGCUACUUUUGCCUCUGGCCCCAAGACCUCCAGAAAGGAACGAGGUCCUCAGACUAAAAAUGGUUCCCCACCUCUAUGCUAGGGCAGGGGUCGCCAAACUUUUAGGACCAGCGGGUACAUUUCAUUUGUGCCAGUCACAAAACAGUAGCUACUAUGCGGGGGUGGAGGUGGGGCAUAACACAAAAUGGCUGCCAUGGAGAGUGUGCCAUAACACAAAAUUAGAGAGACCGCCACCCCUGGCACCCAUGAGAAGCCAGCUAUGUCCUGCUGGUCCCGAUUCUGGAGAUCACGCAGUAUUGAUUUUACCCACAAUCACAUGCACAAUGCUGCUGUUUCUGUCUAACAGGAACAUAGAGCAUUCCUCAGUACCAGGGAAAAUAUACAAGGUGACCCCACCACUCUUGUUUCUCAUAAAUUGCUUAGAAGGCACAUUUGACCCCUUGCUUUCUAGGAGGGCAAGAAAGCUCAGAGGCUGGAGCACCAUGGUACUUGUGUGGGUGCUGGGUUGGCAACCCCUGCUCUAAAGUAUUGUGGCAAAUGUUAACUGGCAGCUAUCUGGCAUGCAUUCACCACAUAAGGCCAGCCAGGCUAAAAGCCCCCAGCCAAGAGGCUGUCUUGUGGGAUACCUAGCAGCUUCCUCUCUCUCCAGCUCCCUACCAACUCAGGUCUCCUCUUCUGUAGGAAUUGUACUGGAUUCUGGAGAUGGCGUUACCCACAACGUCCCCAUCUAUGAGGGCUACGCCUUGCCCCAUGCCAUACAGCGCUUGGAUCUGGCUGGCCGCGACCUCACCGACUACCUGAUGAAGAUCCUAACCGAGCGUGGCUAUUCCUUUGUCACCACUGGUAAGAGAACUGCUACGUGGUACCGCUUUAAUUCUGCAGCCAGUGUCUGCUUGAGUCUACUCCCUACACCGGCCAAGAGCAUUGUUCAUGCCAUUUGAAAACAAAUGCCUUAACUCUGACCCCAUGUGUGCUAUACACAUACUGUAGAGCAGUAUCAUACCGCUUUGAACAAUCAGGGUUUCACCCAAAGAAUCCUGGGAGGUGUAGUUUGUUAAGGAUGCUGAGAGUUGUUAGGAGACCCCUAUCGCCCUCACAGAGCUACAGUUCCCAGAGUGGUUUAAACAGUCAAUCCCUCCUCCCAGGGAACCCUGGGAAUUGGAGCUCUCUGAGAGGAACAAGAAUAUAAUGAAUUGAAAAAGAUGUUUAAAAUAAUGUUUGUAAAAAAAACCACCCAGAACUUCUCCUUUUUUGGGAACUAUAGAGACAGAACUACCCAAACUGUAUAGAAAUUUAUUCAUGUAUGCGACUACGGUAGCAAGAAUGUUACUUGCCCAAAAAUGGAAAGAAGAAUUCAUCCCAGCAAAUGAAGAACGGAUACAAAAACUUACGGAAUAUGCAGAAAUGGCAAAACUUACCAGGAAAACAAAACAAAACAGGUUAACAAAUUUUUUAUAAAAGAAUGGAAAUGGUUUCUACAAACAAACAAACAAACAAACAAACAAACAAACAAACUGUAAACAGAUAAGAACAUUGGCUGGAUUAUUGUAAUAACUUGCAGUUUUAUAAGAGUACAUCUUUAAAGUACAUGAAUAAAUGAGCAAAUUAAGUUAAUUUGGAUAUGCCGAAAAUAUUAAAAAUAAAUUUAAGGAACCACAGGAAGAGGGGGGAAGGAAGUCAAGCUUUGAAAUUUUUUUUUUUUAAAUGAUAUUUAUUCCAAAUUUAAAAUUACAAAAAAAAAACCAAAACCGGAAAACAAAACAGUACAAGAUACAAUGAAAAAUUUGACCAUAACCAUAACAGAGCAUAGAAUAAAAAGAAAAAAAGAGAGAAAAAAAGAACAAUGAAGUACAAUAAAAAAAAACAGAACAAGAAAUAUACAAAAACAUUGCAUUAAAAUAAAACAAAAACAAAUUAAACCUUUACAUAACUUUUUCCCUUUACUUAUUUCCUUGACCUCCUCUCACCUCCCAGUUUUGUAUUCUAGUUCAGAUCGUUCUUUUUCAGCACAUCCUUCCGAUCUUAUUUUCAUUUGCGUAAUUUAAUUUAAAGUAUUAUAAUUAAACAUCCUCUAUUUCAUCAAUUUCAUCAAGCUUUGAAAUGUUAAAAUGAUUGUAAAAUUAUUGAAAUGUUUAAAACUGAAAAUCAUAAAAAAGAAAUCUCCUGGCGCUUCUCAGCACCCAUAACAAACUGCAGCUCCUAGGGUUCUUUGUGGUGGGGCCACAACUGUUCAAAGCGGUAUGAUAGUGCUUUAAAUCUUGAGUGCAGAUGGAGCCUACAGCUGAGCGACAGAACCAGUUCUUCCAAGCUGUGGGCUUCCUCUAACGGACCAAAUCCUUCCUGCCUCCCCGCAGCUGAACGGGAGAUUGUGCGUGACAUCAAGGAGAAGCUGGGCUACGUGGCUUUGGACUUUGAGAACGAGAUGGCCACCGCUGCUUCCUCCUCCUCCCUGGAGAAGAGCUACGAGCUGCCUGAUGGGCAAGUCAUCACCAUUGGCAACGAGCGUUUCCGGUGCCCAGAGACCCUCUUCCAACCCUCAUUUAUUGGUGAGAAACAGCGGGAGCACAGGAGACCUCUCUUGCGGAGACUGCUGCACCACAGCUUCUAUUAUGCCAGACCAUGGGCUCUGGUGGCUGUGGCUGAAGGGCGUUGGGGGUCUAACAGCAUUUGGAGGGCCCACAGACUGACCCAACCAUGGGGCUUAUAGGUGGGGCAGGGUAAUCUGCAACUGGUGGGCUUGUUCUGGAAGAGUGAGGGGUUUGGAGUACCUGAGAAGUCAGUUGCGGCCAUAGGUGAGGGAUGGCGAGCUUCUGCAAAUGUCAUCAAAGCAGAGGCUUGCUGGCUGGGGCGGCAAUUGAGAGAUGUGUGAGGGGUUAAGGCAUGUCAGUGGCAAAAAGGUCAGUCUUCUCCUUUGAGACCGCUCAGAAAUGUCACACUGGUUUUACUGAUGGCGAAAACGUUUACUGACACACGCCAGGAAGUGCAGGGAGCCCAGGGUGGGCGUCUCGAUGAGACCAGCCUUGACCAGAGAAAGGGGUAUCAGGUAGACACAUUCCACUUACGGAUUAGGGCUGAGGCUUUGGCAGCGGGUGGAGAGGAACAGCUGAUCGCGCCAGCACAGGGCUCUUCGAUGCUCUUUUUUCUACCCCAAAAAUAGGCAGGGAAGCGGCAAAAUUCCAGGAUAGUAUCCUCCUUCUCCUAAAUGGAGGGGGAAGCAUGACCUCCUGCUAAGCAGCUGCUGUAACUUGAGGCCAUCACAAAAUCCUUUGACUUUUGCCCUUGGCGAAGGAUUCUUCUAUGUGGGUCUCCUCGCUUUAAAAGAGCUCCCAGUCCUUCUUUCUUCAAACUCCUUCUGGCCUUGCAGCACCAGGUGCAGAAGAGAUUGCAGGAUGUACCCGGGACUAGCAUGACAAAGCAGCAGUAUGGGCUGUUUCACCUUAUUAAAAUCAAAUCUGGAAGAUACUGUGUUCUGUCUCUAGCCCUAAUGGGAGCUCACAAGGCCCGGAGGAGCCGGGGGAAAAUAAAUAAAACUUGCUUAAAAUUAGGCAACUUAGCAAUUGCCCUAAUAAAGGCACUUCCUGGGAGGUCUUUGAGUGUUGUUGUUUUUAGUAGCCUCUUGGCAAUUGCUUUUUCCUGUUUGUUUUCUACUAGGCUAGCUCUCUCUGCUUCUCAUCUGCUGACAGCCUCCACGGUUUCUGUUCUGGCUGUGGAGGCCAGGCUGAUCCAUCCCUCCUCCACUAGCCUGUUCGCUUGCACAGAAUUACUUGUCGCCUGUGGUGACCAAGCAUGGUAGUUAAAUGCAAGGUUGAGCAAAAUUGGCUCUCAGAAUGAAUACAACCACACCUGUCACGUGCAGAAUUAUCAUUAAUUGCCAGCCCUUCACCCUGAGGUCCCAGGGCAGUUUACAGCAAUUUAAAGCACAACAUUGUUUUGUUGUUUAGUCGUGUCCGACUCUUCAUGACCCCAUGGACCAGAGCACGCCAGGCACGCCUGUCUUCCACUGCCUCCCGCAGUUUGGUCAAACUCAUGCUGGUGGCUUCGAGAACACUAUUCAACCAUCUGUCAUCCCCUUUUCCUUGUGCCCCCCAUCUUUCCCAACAUCAGGUUCUUUUCCAGGGAGUCUUCUCUUCUCAUGAGGUGGCCAAAGUAUUGGAACCUCAGCUUCAGGAUCUGUCCUUCCAGGGAGCACUCAGGGCUGAUUUCCUUCAGAAUGGAGAGGUUUGAUCUUCUUGCAGUCCAUGGGACUCUCAAGAGUCUCCUCCAGCACCAUAAUUCAAAAGCAUCAAUUCUUCGGCGAUCAGCCUUCUUUAUGGUCCAGCUCUCACUUCCAUACAUCACUACUGAUGUAUGGGCACAUACAGGGCACCCAAGAUGGACAGGUCAUAGUGGAGAGUUUUGACCAAACGUGAUCCACCUGGAGCAGGAACUGGCAAGCCACUCCAGUAUCCCUGCCAAGAAAACUCCAUGGACAAAGACAAAAACGCAACAUUAAAAACAGUUUAAGGCAACUUGGUAUCACAAAAAACAAGGUGAUUCCUGAAAAUACAGACCUCAGGUGUCAAAGGUCAGGGUAAAGAUGUACCUCUGUUUAAGGAUACAUCCUUUUGUGCCAAAUAUAGUCAAUUAGCAUUAAAUUAGCCAUAUACCCUGCUCCCCAGAUUUUGCAAUCUUGCUCUUUUUAUUUAUUUAACCCAGGCAUGGAGUCUGCAGGCAUCCACGAAACCACCUACAACUCCAUCAUGAAGUGUGACAUCGACAUCCGUAAGGACCUGUAUGCCAACAACGUGCUCUCUGGCGGCACCACCAUGUACCCUGGCAUCGCUGACCGUAUGCAGAAGGAAAUCACCGCCUUGGCACCUAGCACCAUGAAGAUCAAGGUGAGACUGGCAAAUAGACAGCAGAAUUAUUAACACUUGGCAUUCCAUUCCAACAGAUAGGUAAGAGGAAAGCUGUGAUAGAUUCAGAAGUUACUGGGGUGUUUGUGUGUGUGUGAGGGCAACCAAGAUGAUCAAGGGUCUGGAAACUAAGCCUUAUGAGGAGCACUUGAAGGAGCUGGGUAUGUUUAGCCUGGAAAAGAGGAGACCGAGAGGAGAUAUGAUAGCUAUCUUCAAAUAUCUUAAGGGCUGUCACAAGGAAGAGGGAACAUGCUUGUUUUCCCCCUGUAUUUAGAAACCUCCAAGGAAGGAGAGUCCACCACCUCUCGUAGGAGUCUGUUCCACUGCUGAGCAGCUCUUACUGUCAGAAAGUUUUUCCAAAUGCUUAGUCGGAAUCUCCUUUCUUGCAACUUGAAGCUAUUGGUUCGAGUCUACCCUCCUCUGCACACCUUCCAGCUUGUCAACAUCCUUCUUAAAUUGUAGUGCCCAGAUGAUCCCCUUGUUGGUUCUCCCACCUUUUGGGAAAUUGUCAGCGAUGCAAUUGAGGAAUUUGUCAGACCUUACACUCUUGGCAGAGUUUGAGUCCCAACAGAUAUCGGGGAAGUUGGAAUCCCCCGAUUACUAUUUCUCUCCUUUUUGAAUGUUUGGUAAUCUGCUCUAGUAAGGCAUCAUCCACCCCUGGUUAACUUUCUCACUUGCUCCCUUUAGAUCAUUGCUCCUCCGGAGCGGAAGUACUCUGUGUGGAUCGGUGGCUCCAUUUUGGCUUCCCUCUCCACCUUCCAGCAGAUGUGGAUCAGCAAGCAAGAGUAUGAUGAAGCCGGGCCAUCCAUUGUCCACAGGAAGUGCUUCUAAAACGUCUCUUCAUUACCCUCACUGGCUUCUCCAUUUCAGAUUCCAGCUGCUGUCCCUUCCUCCCAGAUUUCAUGGUGGUGCUUAUGCCAUUGGCUCACACUGCAAGAGCCAUUCCUCCUCUUGACUGCCCACCUAACCCCAGCGCUGAGAGGUCUACUCAUGAGUAUAAUGGAAAAAAAUAUUUGCAGAAGGCUCUUCUGCUCCUCAGGGUCUUAUUUCCAUGGAAUCAUCCCUUCUGCACCACCACAUAUGGUGCUAGUGCCUCAAGUUUGAGUAUUUGUCAUUACUCCCUCUUUUCUCUCUCCUUCCUGAAACCUUAAAGAAUAAAGCAG